AUGGAGUCGAAUAGAAAUCAAAUAUUAGAUCAAGAUGAUCCAUCAGAUGACUACUACUCUUCGAAGCAGUUUGAUGUCAAAUUAUCUUACGAUAUGAGUAAAGAGGAACUAUUUUAAGUCAUUGAAUCUCAGAAGAAAGAAAUUAGAUAUUUAACUCUAAGAUUAAAAGGAGUAGAGAAAGAGAAAGAGGAAAUGAUAGAGAACUUCAAGUUAUCCUCAAGUGUUCUUCUAGAGAGAUUAAAAGAUCUUGAAGCUUAAGGCAACUUAAUGGGUGAGCGACCUCAAACAGCAAGUGUCUUGAGCAAAAUAAGUGCCGAGGCUAAUGGAAAAAGAAUAGGUUAAGCAAUUAGAGGUAGAUCCAAAGCAAAAAGAGGAUCUCCUAAGAAGUAAAAUGAUGAGGACGACGAUUACAAAGUUGAUGUAGACUUGGAACGAGUAAUAUGUCCAAACUGCAAAUAGAUAUUCUCCUUGAAAGAUAUGGUAACCCACACAGUUAUUUGCUAUCGUAACUCAACUAAAUGUAAACUAUGUGGGGAAAUUAUCCUUAAGGAUAAAAAGAAAGAGCAUAUUGAUAAAUGGAAAGAUAUGAAGAAACUAAUCCAAGAAAUCCAGAAUGAUAAUGAGCAGCAAUCAAGUCUGUUCUUUGAUCAUGGUAUUGAUGUUAACGUAUUCUUUAACAAUGAUGUCGAGGGUUGGACUCCAAUGCAUUAUGCGGCAAAGCAUGGUGCUUUAAAUGUGGUGAUAGCACUUAUUUCUAGAGGAGCAGGUGUUGAUCCCCCUGAUGUCAACUUGAAAACUCCUUUGAUAAUUGCAAUCGAAAAUAAUAAAUUCACAGUAGCUCGAAGUUUGAUAGAAUUCGGAGCAGAUGUUGAGGCAAAGGAUUCCUCUUAAAGAACUCCGAUUAUGUUUGCCUGCAAAGUUGGAUCUAAAGAAAUGGUAGAAUUACUUCUCACUUACAAGGCAGAUAUCAAGGCAACUAAUAGUUUGGGGGAUACCUGCGUGACAUUUGCUCAGAAAAGUGGAAAUCCUGAUAUAAUGAGUUUGCUUGUGAGAAGUGGAGCCUCUAUAAGACCAUCAAGCAGAUAAAAUAGCUUAAAGAUUGGAGCACCUCCUAGAGAUAAUUCAAGAUUAAAGACAAAAAAAAUGCCCAUACUUCUCCCUGAUUGCGGACACUCAUUUUGUUUAUCUUGUAUAAAUAAAUGCUUCGAGAAAAUAAAACAAUAAAAUCAAGAGCAGCAGGAAAUAGAUCUCGACGAUUUAUAAGCGGAAAUUCAAUCUAUCUUAUUUAAAUGCCCUGAUGAUGAAAUUAAUCUAUAGGAGAGUAUCUUGAUAAAUAAAAAGUUAGUGAAACUAGAUUUUAUGCAGGAAGAAGGAGUAUUCAAAGUUUCUAAGCCAGAAGACAAAUCACUAGCUGGAUUCUUGACCUCUCCACAGAUAUAACAAAAAAAAUAAUUUGUCUAUGAUUAAGCAAUGAUCCAUAUUGAAAAUCAUCAGAAUCCAUAAUAAAAUGUUGUGACAACUUCUGUUUAAGAACCAUAAAUUGAGGAAUGUCCAGUCCAUUAAAGGCCUGUUGAGCUGAUUUGUGUUGAUGAUAAGAUGCGUAUCUGUGCUUAAUGUGCCCUAUUUGGACAACAUAAGGGUCAUGAUGUACGAAUGGAGGAAGAAGUGACAAAAGAAAUAUCUUUGAAAGUAGAAGUUAUAAUGGAAAUGUACUAAGCGAUUGAAUAGAGUUGCGAUGAAUUAAACGAUAAUACAAAUUACGAUAGACAUUACAAUAUCUACAAGCAUAAAUAAAAUGAAAUCAAAGAUAAAAUCCAAGAUAAGUUCAAAGAAUGGAGAAGAGCAUUGAGAGCAGUCGAAAUGAAAGUUAUUGAUAGUCUAUAUGUAAAUUUCUAAUAAUUCGAAGAAAAAUUUGGGCAGGCAAAAAAUCAUAACAAUAAAAUGAUCUCUGAAGCAUAAGCCUGGAUGGAUAGAGCAAAGUAGCAACUUGAUGAAUAUACUAACAAAACUGUGGAGGAUCCCCUUUAUAUCCCAUAUGACAUGAUAGAAAAUAAAAAGAACAACCUAGCUGAUGAAAUUCUUAAUUGCGGAGAGCAGAUACUUGACAAGGUUGAGAAAUAAAGGGGAUUCCCUUCAUUGAAUGGGAUGGAAAAUAGCUAUGGAACUGUAAAGGUUGCGUUUGAUCCUAAUGUUGAGAAGAAAUUUUUUCAUGAUGAAGAGGAUCUUAAUGAUGGAAUCUAAUAAGUCCAAAAGGCUAUUGCUAAUGAUCCGUUGAAUCUUUCAAACAUCUCAUUUAACGAACCAGCUUCACCAAUUAAUAACAGUUCUUUUGCAAAUCAAACAAGCAAUUUAAGGCGAUUUAGCGCUUUACCUGGCACAUAAGUUGUUCAGUAGCAAUUAUAAUAAUAAUAGCCCCCUUUAUAAUCAAAAUUAACUUUAGGUGGAUCUCAUUCAAAGAAAAAGAAUGAUCUCCCCUCGACAUUCAAGAAUGAAACAAUAAAUGGAGAACUUGAUAUUUCUAAUAGAAACUUGAGUGAUAUGCAUUCAAACGAACUUGCCAAAUGUAUAAAGUCUUUAAGCGGGCCUAUCAAAAUAUUAAACUUAUCUAAAAACAGAAUAUCUGAUGAUGGCAUCGGACAUAUCAUUAAAGCCCUCUGUGAUAGUCAUAUAGAAUAGAUUAACUUAUAAGGAAAUAAAUUGAGCGAAAAGUGUGUGGAAGGAAUUGUGGGAUGUCUAAAAACAAAUAAAACUUUGAAAGUUAUGGAUCUCUCAUAAAAUGGAAUCGGAAGCAGACUGAUGAAAAAUAAACUUAAAAAUGCUCUUCCUUAGAUUGAAGUUAUAUUAUGA